UUAAAUGUUCAGCGGAACUUUUUGGCAUGUUCUUAUUGGGAUGAGAAUUCUGUGAGAUUUCAUCACAUUGGAUGUCCCCAGCUCUCUAACAGAACAGACCUGAGUGUGCACACAUAUAUGUAUGUCUAUGUUAUAAGAUUUUGCAUAAGCCCUAGUUUUUAUCUUAAUAAGAUACAAAUUGUCACUCAAACCAUCAUUUGAAUUUCUCUUAUGCUUUUUAUCAAAUUGUUUUAUAUAUCCCCAUAGAUAUAUUCUAAAUGGUAUUAUUAAUUUUUCAAUCCCCUCCACUUACUAUUAGAUGAGAAUUGAUAUUUUUGAGUUUUGCUAUAGUCAUUAAAAUUUGCAUCAUAUACAUCCUGAGUAGGAAUUACUGGUAUAUUCUUAUAGAAUAGAAUUAUGCUUGUUAGUACUGACUUUUUACUUUUAUUUCUUCUCAGAGGCCAUAUAACAUUUCCCUUAAUGAUGAAUAUUCUAAGAUUAUGAAGGCAUGUCUCUAUGUGUAUCCUUGGGCCUUCACCAAUAUUACAAUACUGUAAGUUAUUAGUGCUAAUGUAAGAAAUGUUAAAAAUCUCUCCUUAUGUAGUCUAUUCUGACAUUAUAUUCCUAACCUCUAUGGAACCAUCUGAUUUAGCCAAUGAGGAACUCUUCAGAUUAUUAAUAUUUUUCAUUCAUUUGGAUUAGAAAAAUGGGUGUAGCCACAAUUAAAGAGAAUCAAGCCCAAUCGAAGAUGGAUUUCCGGAAUCUGGCAAUCAAAAUAAUUUUCUUAUCACAAACUACAAUUGGAAUUCUGGGAAAUUUCUCUCUUAUAAUCUACUAUGUAGUCUACUAUAUAGUAUAUACAUUAAAGCCAACAGAUUUGAUUCUCAUGCACCUAGUGACAUCGAAUGCCUUGAUGGUUCUCUCUACAGGAGUGCCUCACACAAUGGCAGCUUUUGGCUUGACACACUUAUUAAAUGAUUUGGGAUGCAGACUAAUUUUGUACAUUCAAAGAGUUGGCCGGAGUAUAUCCAUUGGCAGUACCUGUCUCUUGAGUAUCUUCCAGGCUAUCAUCAUCAGUCACAGGGAAUCUUGUUAUAAGGGUCAAAAAGUCAAAUCUGCAAAGUACGUUGGCUACUCCUUGUCCCUUCUCUGGGUCCUGCACAUUUUUAUAAAUUUCAUUCUCUUUGUGGACAUAUUUAUCAAAAGGAACAGGAAUAACAUGACAAGAGACCGUGAUUUUAAAUACUGCUACAUUGUAGGGCAAAAUGAAUUCAGUGACUUACUCUAUGUAGCAUUAGUGGUAUGCCCUGAAAUCUUAUCUUCUGUGCUCAUCACCUAUUCCAGUGGCUCCAUGAUUGGCAUCCUGUACAGACACAAGCAGAGGGUUCAACAUAUCCGCAGCUUUCAUGUUUCCAGCAGGAACUCCCCUGAGUGGAGAGCUACCCAGAACAUUCUGGUCCUCGUGUCUACAUUUCUGGGUUUUUAUACUCUCUCUUCCAUCUUACAAGGCUGCAUUGCUCUUCAGAAUAAUCCCAAUUGGUGGCUCCUAAACAUCAAUCGACUCACUUCUAUGUGUUUUCCCACAUUUGCUCCCUUUGUUUUGAUGAGCCAUUACUCUUUUAUGCCCAAACUCAGUUUGACCUGGAUAAGGAAUAAGACCUCUUAAUCUUAUUUUAAGGAUUUGAAUGAUACAUUUCACUUUGUAUUCAGUUGUUUACUCACAUUCUUCCUAACAAAUUUAAUAAAGAGAAUU